GAGCUACAUUGAGGGGGAGGUGGAGGUCAUGUACAAUAGGGUCAGUUACCCCGAUUGGCUGGCUGGAGUGCCACAGGAUAUAAAGUCUCUGGAUAAUGAGUGUUCUUGAUUGCCCUGCUGUUCUUUGUAUGAGAGGCAGCUGCAGGCACAGCUCCACAUUUGAAUGUAUAUAGGGGAUUGGAGGGCAGCAGCUCCAUGGGCCAUCUGUCUCAGCGGCCGUCAGCAACAAAGGCUCCAGGAUGGUGCUAGUACAUGUCGGAUAUCUUGUUCUUCCAGUUUUUGGAUCUGUGAACAACAGAGGUGGCCCUUUCCCAAGGUCACAGCAGUCGCACGUCACGUCCUGCAGACACCUUCAUCUCCCUCCACAAUCUGAGUUCCCUUCAUCUCACUCUGUCCAAUCUCAGCCAGGUCUGAGCAAUCAACUGACUCCAUCACACCAGCACACCACGACUGCAGUGCCGGUACACCAGCCUUUGACACCUUUACCAAGCCCACAGUUCCAGGACGUUCCGAGCUUCUUACCUCAGUCAUUACACCAGCAAUAUCUCUUACACCAGCAGCUCCUGGAGGCUCAGCACCGAAGGCUGUUGCCAUUCCCCAGACGGACACAGGAAAGAGCUCCUCCUUAUCCCCACCGUCUCCGAACAGGUUUUGACUUCAGCAACCAUCUCCAUCCUGCUUCAGCAUUGGGAACACAGCCCAGGUACCUGACUGAAGGCACUGACUGGGAUAUCAGUGUAGAGGCUGGUUUGCCCCAUACUCAGUACCAGCCCCUCCCAGUACAUCGUUUACACCAUUACCUAGCAACACCCAGGAUACAUCAUUUCUCUCGAAGUAUGUCUUCAGCAUCUGUGAUUAUUCCUGACUUGAGGAAUUACUCUUAUCCGCAACUUCAUCUAUUGGCUCUGCAAGGGUUAAAUGGGAGUCGGCAGAGUCCUGCUGUUAGGGAAAGUUAUGAGGAACUGUUACAACUAGAGGACAGACUCGGUACUGUGAACCGUGGAGCCAUGCAAAAUGUGAUCGAGAGGUGUACCUUCCCACACAAAUACAAGAAGAGAAUGCAACAGAAUCUCAAGGAGCCAAAAGAUGAUGAUGAGGAAACAGACCUUGACGAGAAAUGUACGAUCUGUUUAUGUAUGCUGGAGGAGGGUGAAGAUGUUCGGCGGCUUCCCUGUAUGCACCUCUUUCACCGAGUCUGUGUCGACCAAUGGCUGGCUACCAGUAAGAAGUGCCCGAUCUGCCGAGUAGACAUUGAAGCACAGCUCUUACCAGACAGCUGAUUGAGCAAAUGCUCGCAACAGAAUUCCACAUGAGCAGAAAACACCUUUAUCCCACAACAUGCCAAGGGGUGGGGAGUUCAGCCUUGUAACCACGCAUUGCCUUUUGAGUAUUCUAUUUUUGAAACUGCAAAAUCUGAAUCAAACAGUGGUGGCCUUGUGUUAAAUGAGGGCUUUAGUCACUUUAGAAUAGGGCAUGAUUGACAUAGCCAUUUGGACCACUGAACUGUGGGAGCUGGUUCUCCCAGAGGAUAGUGGGAUUUAUCAUUCGUAUUAGAAUUUUUUC